GUCAUUUUUCUUCCAACCAAACCCCUGUAAAUCGACAUGCACCGGCAAAUUUAAAUAUAUAAUGUAUUGUUCUGCGAAUUGGAAGUAUCAUAGUCCAUCAGUAUCCAAGAGCUGCUCUGUUUACGGAAUACCGCGUGGGUAGGGUUGGGUGUACAGUCUAUACUUCAAUAACUAUAAGCGGAUUAUCGUUGCUGAGAGAGAUAUGGCGGGGGGAGACGGGGAGGAGGAGUUAGGUCAUUCUGCGGCUCCGGUGAGAUUGAUGAAUUUUGUAUCUGAAGAGCAGUUAGAAGAGGCUAGGAGAUCCCGUGGCGCUCGGGUUGAAGACGGAACUGCCCAAAGAGAUAGGUCCCUGUUCGAGAUUUUAAAGGAGAACAAGGACAAGAAAGAUGCUGAAUUCAACGAACGCUUCAAGCACAGACCCCCCAAAGCACUGGAUGAGGAUGAAACUGAGUUUUUAGAUAAACUUGAGGAGUCGAGGCGAGAAUAUGAACAACAACUGGUUGAUGAAGAAGCAAAGCAGCUGCGAAGUUUUCAGGCUGCAGUUGCUGCACAGUCUACUACUGUACUUGAGCUCAAGGAAAUACCAAUAUCUCCUAAAAUUCAGGAACAAAGAAGUGGUGGGAGGAAGAAUCCUCCAGCGAAGCCCUUGGGAAUGUUGAUAAAAGUUAAGCCACAAGCGAAGAAAGCUAAGGUAGAUGAUGCAAAUUCUGAAGCAUCUUUGAUGGCUAGGACAACGUCUUAUGGUAAUGCAAAAGAGUCUUGUCACACACAGGGGUCCCAGGGAUACAUGAAAACAGGAAUGACUGAAGGUGAUGACGGCAAGUCUGGUUCCGUUGCAAAUGGUAGUUUAGUUCAAUACAGUGAUGAAAGCGAUGAUGAAUAGUUAAUUAGGUGUACUUAUACUUGUACUUGGCUUGUUGAGAUGAAUUUUCAUAAUCUUAAUUCGACGACCGACGAUGCAACAUCAAUGAUAUGUAUUGUGGUUUUAGGCUUUUAGCUCUAGCCCAAUAGCCUUUCCUAGAAGAACGUGUUUGUUACUUAUUGGGCUGGGGAUUGGUGAUACUACCGAUCAUUAUGGCAAAUUAUUGCAUGGACUAUGGUCCAUACAACUGUGUGGAUCAAAAAUAAAAAGUACAUUUUUAUUA